UAGGCGCCCGCAGUGAAGACUCCUGGCCGAACUCCCGUUAUAAUGAACACCACACUUGUUGUCUUGUGCGGGCAGUGCGCCGACCGCACGCCCUUCCAUACACGCGAAUGUGUCAUACCACAUUCAAACAAUUUCGAAUAUAAAAAGUGUGCCACUCGAUUUAAUUAUCAUUAUUACCGGUGCAAUUGUUAUUAAUUAAUAUUUAAAAUGUGCUCAAACAAUUUAUUAGUAUGUUUGCAACUGGCUCUGUUAGCCGGGUUCGUGUCCGCUGAUUGCGGUCCAAGAUUAAAAUAUGCCUGGGGCGAUGCUCUACAAGGCACAGAAUGUCCGGGUCCAGACGGCUCUCCUUAUCCAAGGCACUUGGUAAACCGAGCGUUAAAAUCCGGAGCAUGGGGCCAGUCUUCACGUCAAGCACGAAACGUGCGGACGGUAGACCCGGCCGUCAUGCGACGAGCACUGCUAGACGCACACGUGGGGUACUCCGAGGGAUUGAGGACGCAGAAUGGCAGUAGAACUGGUCGCGCUAGCAACCUCCCCGGCCUAUCACCGACCACGACCAACUCCUGCGGCGGCGGCCGCCUGUGCCGGACGCGGUACAACACUACAGCGCCCAUGUACGGUGUGUCACUGACAUCCGGACAGCCUGUCACUAUUGUGCAGAAGUUCCCGGAUUUACUUCAGCAAGUUGUGUUCGAAGUUUGCGAAUCAAGCGAAUGCUCAGUCAUCCGCGGUGCGUGUACACAGACGUACGUCCCAUACUUGUUCCUGGUGCUGCCGCUGGGGCCCGUCACCCUGACAGGGCAGGACUACGUACUGGUGGAGUCCGGGUGUGUCUGUCGACCGGAUCCUUAA